AGUCUCUUUGAAAUCUUGUUAAUUCUAUGUUUUAUCCUUAAAUUUUGGUAGUUUUACAUAGGAAGCUUCAUAUGAAUGAGUGGGAUGCUUGAGCGAUUCGAUAAUAUAACAUGAAUUUAGAAAACUCUACAUUGCUUUAUGUUACCUGGUGAAAUUUGAAGUUGGCAUCAAGCAUAACUCACAGCAAAAACCCAACACAUCACCAUCUUUGUAUUAGACUGUAUUAACACCGAAAUUCUAAUAAUGUGUGACUCUUUGUCUCACGCUUCAUACUCAGCCACCUUCUCCUCCUUAGCAUCCAAAACCUCAGUCUCCCCACCUCCUCUCUUCCCCCCUUCCUUCAAAGUCCCCACCUUCUCCCCUUUGACUGUCAAACCCCUAAGUUCUACCUUCACACCACAUGCUGCACGUGUGACCACCAUCACAACAUAUGCCGCCACCUCACCCUCCUCUGUUCCUUCUGACGCCUCGACUACAACCUUCCAUGGCCUUUGUUAUGUGGUUGGGGAUAAUAUUGACACGGACCAAAUAAUUCCUGCGGAAUACCUUACAUUAGUUCCCUCAAACCCAGCCGAGUAUGAGAAAUUGGGCUCAUACGCUCUUAUUGGUCUCCCUUCAUCAUAUGCUACACGUUUUAUUGAACCCAAUGAGAUUAAGACAAAAUACUCCAUCGUGAUAGGUGGUGCUAACUUUGGUUGUGGGUCCUCGCGUGAGCAUGCACCUGUUGCACUUGGGGCUGCUGGGGCAAAGGCAGUUGUCGCUGAAUCUUAUGCUAGAAUCUUUUUCAGGAAUUCUGUUGCAACUGGGGAAGUUUAUCCGUUAGAAUCAGAAGUGAGAAUAUGUGAGGAAUGUAGGACUGGGGAUAUGGUGACAAUUGAAUUGGGGGAGAGUCGAUUGAUCAAUCAUAACACUGGCAAAGAGUAUAAAUUAAAGCCCAUUGGGGAUGCUGGGCCAGUCAUUGAGGCUGGAGGGAUCUUCGCAUAUGCAAGGAAAACAGGAAUGAUUCCACCUCAGUCAAAGUAAAAUGCAGGUACAUUCUUGUAUAUGCAUUUUGCUCGUUGAGGUAUUAGAUGAUGUGAAUGCAAAAUACAGGACAAGCUAUUUAAUUUGAUUGUUCAUGUCUCAGUCAUGGAAUUGGAUGAGUGCUUAUGUUUUAUAUUUAACCUUUGCUAGAAAUGAAAACUUUAUAUAUUCUAUUAUCAUAUUGAUGAUUAAUUUAUGUUCUAGUAAACAUAAAUUCCAGGAGCAUGAUGCGGAAAGUUGCUACUUCUAAUGCUUUAUCAUUUGAUUUAACCUGAGUCUAUAUUUAUCUCUAGCAAGUAGUUGUUAUUGCAUUAGACAAUAUCUUAUGGUUAAAAAGAUUAUACUGUAAGUCUGAAAAUGUUACUAUCAAAUUUCAACCCAAUUUAUACAAUAAAUUUUACUCAUUUUUUGUCAUGUGGCA